AAAAACAAACAUGUUUGAACCAAAACCCUCCAGACUGAAACUGACCUGGAAACAUUUUAUUUGAGCUGAUUUUAUUAGUUUUUGUUUUGUGAAUUUUUGUCAUUUUGGUUCUUAAAAUACCAAAAUAACUUAACUUUAUAUGUUGUCUGAUGAUGUGAUUUCUAAUAUUGAAUGAUUGAUGAUUUGCUCAGUCACUCAUUACUCGACUUUUUACUUUUUUACUCUUAGUUCAGUAAAAACAUGUUGAAGUUAUGAUACUUUAUUACUCCUCCUCACACACCUUGUUUCAGGUCUGAUGUUUGAUUUUUCUGAGCUUAAUUAAACUAAAACGAUUUUGUCUUUAGCCUGUUGUGCCUCUAAAAAACACAACAGAUGGAAAAAGUAAGUACACCCUGCUGUUUGCGCCUGAUUAAGACCAGCAGCUCUGUGUCACUGAGUAGCUGAUCGUCAUCAAGCAGAGCACAUCUAAAACAGCAGGUCAGCACAACGACCGGGUGGAAAGACUUCAGCAGUGACCCCAGAGGAGCAACUGGGGAAAGGUCAAAGGUCAGCUCUAAACUGGCCCAUCAUCCUCCAGAGAGGAAGAUUAUUCCCAAGAGGAAAACGGAUCUGAUUGAAUCCAAACUGGAGGAAACAUUGUUCCAAAAUCAGCUGUGUCGUUGCUGUUUUCUCAGAUCCAGCCAUGAGGAGGCGCUCUUCCAGCGUUGGUUGCCUCCUGCUUUCGUUCUGCAGCCUGAUGAUCGGAGGAGCAGCAGGACUGAGGAUCUGUUCCUACAACAUCCAGAGAUUCAACACGACGAAGGCAGCAGAUUACAGAGUGAUGCACACUCUGACCAAGAUCGUGUCCCGCUGUGAUAUCUGCGUCCUGCAGGAAGUUGUGGAUCCGGAGCUGAAGGCAGUCAAAGCUCUGGUGGCGUCGCUCAACAGGACAGGUAACAGGUAUGACGAACAUCGUUAUGAAUACGUGUCUAGUCAAAGUCUGGGGAAGUCGUCUGAUGACCUGCAGCAGUACGUCUUCAUCUACAGGACACACCUGGUGAAACAGUUGGGUCAGCACCAGUACGAAGGUAAAGCCUUCGUCCGGCCGCCGUUUGCCAUCCAUUUCAGCUGCAGUAAAACUGACAUCAAGGAGUUCGUUUUGGUUCCGCUCCACUCUGACCCGGACCAGGCCGUCCAGGAGAUCGAUUGGCUCUAUGACGUCUUUGAGGAAGUCAGCACAAAGUGGAACAACACGAACGUGAUGUUCCUGGGAGAUUUCCACGCCGGCUGCGCCUACGUCACCCGGAACGACAAGAAGAAAAUCCGUCUCUUCACCAACUCCAACUUCUCCUGGCUGAUCGGAGACCGAGAGGACACGACCGUCACCGACACGACCAGCUGCCCCUACGACAGGAUCGUGGUUCAUGGACAGUCCUUCCUCAAGGCCAUCAGGCCGUUCUCUGGAAAAGUUUUCAACUUUGGCAAAGAAUUCAGGCUGAGGCAGGCAAAGGUGCUGAAACUGAGCGACCACUAUCCAAUCGAGGUGAGAUUAAAAGGCUCCGCCCCCCUCCUUCAGGCCACGCCCCUGCUGGUCCUGUUCGGCGCCAUCAUCCGGUUCUUCCUUCCUGCUCUGUGAUCGUCUGAUCCAGUCUAGAUGGCCAUCCUGUUAGACUGCAUGAAACAGUUUUGAACAAGCACAUUUAGGAGAUUUUACUCAAAAUGUAAAGUUUUUAAGAGCCAGGAGCGACGUUCUGCUUUCUUACGUCAGGUUUUUGUCUUCUGCUGGUGAUUCAGAUUUUUACCAAAGAAAGAGCAAACUGCAGAUUAAAUUAUAGAUUAGCUAUAAUCUGUAAAUUUAGAUCUAAUCUGUGUUUACCUCUGAGUUGACCUGCUGACACCGAAAGGCAGGAAAUGUCUCCAAACUGGAGGAAUUAAAGUUUUUACCUUUAACUUCAGGAUAAUUGUUUUGAAUCGUUUUGUCUUUUAACAUCUUCUUUAUAUUUUUUGUUUUUUUCCUCUUUUUUUCAACACAGGUGUUUUUCUGAUUGUGUACAGAAACUGUUGUAAAUAAAAUGUCAGGAAAUUUUAGAACAGAAAUAAAAUAUGUAGAUUUUUUU